AUGUUCAAAUGUCCAAACUAUGUUGGUAAGAACAAGCAACUGCCCAAGAUAUCGUUCAUAUCUCCUAAAUCCGCUUUGAUUGUAAGUAUUGACGCAGAUGACAAGGUGCUAACGAGACAUGAUAGUGGAGAAAUGCAAGCCGCUUGCUUGUACGGAGUACGGUUUGGAAGCUUUGGUGUUCCGCUGAUGCCAUCCAUAAUCCAUUAA